UUUGAGCCCUCGCUUCUGUUACUGCUGCCCUGUCGCUCUGUCUUUCCUCUUCACUUUCUCCUCUGUCUGUUUCGUGCAAGUGGUAAACUGGGCAGGAUGAUACCAGAACAACAGAUUGUCCAACUGAAAGAGUUGAUGUUCUAGAGAAACCUUGUGGGAAUUUGCAAGGAAAACAAGCAGCCCUUCACAACCUCUGGACUCUGAAGCACAGCUGACUUGUGUUUUUUCUCCUCCUCAUCCCCUGCUUUUUGCUUUCUGUACAUUUUCUCUCUUCUCUCCCACUUUAUGGCAUUUUCUGCAAGUGACUUUGUCAGAUUUUGCUUUGCUACUUAAAGAUGAUGGGGAUACUGAUGUGUGAAGCUCUUGUGUUGCUCACGUCGCUUCUGAAUUCAGUGGAUGCCAAAGGAACUCUCUAUGGAAGUACAUAUAGAUACAAUCUGCACAAGGCAGGGGGUGUCCCGCAGUACAACCCUGGAAAGCCAAUGGGUCAUCAUAAGAACUUCUGUGCCUAUGUCGUUCAGAAGAAUGUCACCUGUGUGAUGCAGGAUGGAGUGGCCACAUUUGUCAAACCUGAAUACACUACCAAGUGCAUAUGGGGACAGACAUGCCCUGUGGUCAUGUAUCGGACACUCUUCAAACCGCAGUAUAAACUCGGUCAUAAAACCAUCACAGAACUAGAGUGGCGCUGUUGCCCGGGUUACUCUGGAGAGAACUGCAUUGACAGGCCAACCUCUGUCCCUAAUGGUGUGAUGCCUCCCUUCACAGGCUCUCUCCCUUGGCCCGGGAUAAAGGGUUAUCCCCGGGGUCAAACUGACAACAAUCCCAUACCUAGUGGAUAUGUUCCACCUGAAAAUCCCAAAACAAGUUAUGGUCCUAAGGCUGGAGUCUCUGUUGAGCGCCUAGAUCGCAUUGAGGAGAACCUUCACAAACUCUCUCAAAGUCUGGACAUCUUGAAUGGCCUAGUGGUUGGUAUGGAAGAGCGUCUACGUGUCUCUCUUCGAGAGGACACAAAAAAGAUGCUGGCCUCUAUGCUCAGUGGCAUCCCUCGGCUCCUGGAUACCUCUGUGGGUUUUGGGCUGAUCCCAGAAGGCACGCCAAAUGGCUUAGAUGGUGAUGAGAACCUCCCUGGCUUUGGAGAGUUGGUUGGGAGAGUGAUGGAGGUCAAAGAUGAUCUCAAAGUCAAAAGUGACAUACUGGAUGAGAUCCGUGGCAUGGUGAUGGGACACGAUGGCCAGAUAAAGAGGCUGAUGGAUGGCGCCACAGGGAGACCUGUACCUGGAGUAGACCAGGGUCAUCUGGAAGAACUUUUGGAUGUCAGGCUGGCUGGAGUGAGGGCAGAGGUUCUUGAUGGCUUUGAGAGGAGAUUGUCAGGUCUGGAGAACCACUGUGAUGAGAGAAUUAGCCAGGUCCAACAGCAUUGUCAUAAUGAGCAUCUAACAGGUCAAGAGCAGAUCCAACAGUCACUAGAUGGCCAUGAGACAGGCCUUAGGAAAGAGCUGGGUGAGCUGCAGUCACAGAUCCAAGGUCUGACCGUGACUGAGAGCUGUUGUGGCAAAAUAAAUAGCCUAACGCAGCAGAUGUUUCUGCUGGAGGAGUCAGUUACAGGCCUCACUGAGUCCCAGAGGCAGUUACAAGUGGACCUGACCCUCCAGACCCUCCGGCUGGUGGGCAUGGAGGGCAGUAUUAAUGGCUCUAAACAUGGUGAACAUGAUGGGAUUGGACCUGGCUUUAGCUCCCUCGAUGGGUUUAAGAUCUUAUUGGAUGAUAAGCUAAAGACACUGGAGCGACGUCUCUUUGUGGUGGUAGAGGAGUUGAGCAAUGCCACGGCCCCAGCACUGCUGGAGGGGCAAGUGGUUCCGGCACUAGAGACAGAGAUCGACAGUGUUCGGAGAAGGGUUGAGGUGGAUUUGGAUGGAAUGCAAAAGCAGAUGUCGGCCCUUGAGCUCCUCUGCACCUCUGCUUGCUCCCCUGCUUCUAGCCCCGAGACAGCCAGGGUAGAGGACUACCAGACCAGGGUAGAGGACUGGAAAGAAACCGAGAAGAUGGUGAUGAAUCGCCUGGAUGUACAAUCAAACAAGCUGGACCAUCUCAACAGCACCUUGCAGGGUCUCCUAACGCAACUCUCCAAAGAGGACACACAGGGCUCCAUCCAGGGGGAAAUCACACUCCUGAAGAUCAAUGUCAACUCUGUCAAUCGUACCUUGAAAGGACUACGUGAUUCAGUCAGCUUGUUUGCUCGAGAAGUUGGACAUGUUAAUUCCACUUGGCAGGAACGUGAAACCCGGUUGGUUACACAAGUCCAAGGCAUUUCGGAUCUAGUUGAGCGCCAGACCUCUAUGCUUGGAGCUGGGGAGCGGAGGCUGAUCCAGCUCAAGGCAGAACUCCAGAGUUUGCGGCGAAGGUUAGCUGGGGAGCUACAAGGUUGUCGAACCACAACACUGGGAAUGCAACAGGAAGUAUUGGGAGUGGAAAGUCGAAUUACACAGGUAGAAGGACAGUGCGGAAGCCUCGGCGAGCUAGCUGAUGACCUUGAGAGAAUCCGUAGUGAACUAGAGAGACAUUCAGAUGCCUUCCUGGCACAGGUCAAUGGGACGCUGGUCAGCCACUCAGAGCAGCUGGUCCAACUGAAGGACGGUCUCAAAGACUGCUUGAGCAAAAUUGAUCCCGCUGCACAGCGUGUUGAUAAUAAGUAAAACGCCCUGUACCGAAACACCGUAAGGCCUGAGUUUGUACAAAUUGGCAAUAUUUUUGUCCCCUCAGCAGGGCAUUUUGUCCCUUAAUUCUUUGUUUUAAACAUAUUUUAAGCUGUUUUAAGUUUUUAACUUAUAUGAAGACAGCUUGACUGCAUUAUUAAAUGUAUUUGACGAUUUAUUAAAUGAAGUAACAAAUAUGCAUAAAACAGAAAUCACUACUAAGCUGCUACGGGAUUCUACUGGCAGGUAUUGUCCACCUACCUUCUCAUCUCAAAAACAUCAGUCAUCUCCUGAUUUAAUUACUGUAUUAUAACACAAACAUGCUACAAUUUUUUAUUUUUUUUUAUAAUUGUUUGUUGUGUGUG